GAAAGUUGUUAUAUGUUUUAUAUAAAAAAAUAAUAUUAAUAUUAAUAUUAAUUAUUAACAUUUUUUUAUAUUUAAAAUUUUUUAUGUAUUGAUCAUAGAUGGCAGCAAAGGAAAAAACAUUAUAUUUUUAAAGAUUAUUUUAUAAGUUUCGAAAUAAAUAUUAAUAUAUUUAUGUAUUUUAAUAUUUACUUUAAUAAAAAAUUAUUUAAUUUAAUUUUAGAUUAUUAAAACUUUUUAUAAUUAAUUAUCUAAAUUUUAAAAUUAAUAAUGAGCAAUAAAACUGGAGAGAUAGAUCCUAUACAAAAAGAAUUAGCAGGUCGUGUACGUGAAGUUGGAAAUCAUGCAAUUUGGAGUUUAUCUAGUUGUAAACCUGGUUUUGGUGUAGAUCAAUUACGCGAUGAUAUCACAGAAACUUAUUGGCAAUCUGAUGGACAACUUCCACAUUUGGUAAACAUUCAGUUCAAAAGAAAAACAACAAUUUGUGAUAUAUGUAUAUAUACAGAUUAUAAGCUAGAUGAAAGUUAUACUCCUAGUAGAAUAAGUAUUAGAGCAGGCACAAACUUUAAUGAUCUUCAAGAAAUAGAAGUCAUGGAUCUAAAUGAACCAAGUGGCUGGGUUAUCAUUCCUAUAAAAGAUAUAAAUGACAGACCUAUUAGAACAUUUAUGAUACAAAUAGCUGUAAUAAGUAACCACCAAAAUGGACGAGAUACACAUAUGAGGCAAAUUAAUGUUUAUAGUCCAACACAAGAUAUUCUUGGACCACCUGCUUCCUAUAUUGCAGGUCAAUUUCUUACAAAUGAAUUUUUGCGUUAUGCUACAGUUAGAUAAAAAAAUAAAUAUUAUUAAUUUCUUACUAUUACAAAUUUGAUUUUUAAUUAUCAUCUCAUAUUGUUAUUUUAUUUCUUGAAUAUUAAUAAAAUAUUCAUUAAAAAUUAGAUGAGUAAAAAUCUAUAUAAAAUUGUAUAUUAUAUAUCUAUACAUAUAUUUAAAUUCAAAUUAAUUCUAUUAUCAAGAAUGAAAAAAAUAUAAACAUA